AGCUUUCUCUUGUUCAUAAACUUACAUAUUGCUUUAGUUUCUUGAAUUGAUCUCUCAAAUUAAACACUAGAUAUAUAUUAGUGCUUCAUCUCAAAAUGGAACUUAAGUACCACCAAUUUGGCCUUGUUUGUGUCAUAAUGCUCUUACCUUUAAUGUGUACUUCUCAAGACUCAUUUACGUGCUCCAGAGCAACCUAUUAUGGCAGCCCUGAAUGCACUGCCAACCCAACGGGAGCUUGUGGCUUUGGCGAAUAUGGAACGGCGAUCAACGAUGGCAGCGUGGCAGGCGUGUCUUGGCUAUGGCGGAAUGGAUCUGGCUGUGGUGCAUGCUAUCAAGUUAGGUGCAAAAUAGCAGAAUACUGCGAUGACUAUGGAGCAUAUGUAGUGGUAACAGACUUCGGCGUGGGAGACAGAACCGACUUCAUUAUGAGUCCACGUGCUUAUUCAAGAUUGGCCAAGAACGAAGAUGCAUCUGCAGAGCUUUUCAAAUACGGUGUGGUGGACGUAGAAUACAAGAGGGUACCAUGCAGAUACGGUGGCUAUAACAUCAUAGUCAAGGUGAAUGAGCGCAGCUACAACCCACACUACUUAGCCAUUGUAACUCUCUAUGUUGGUGGAACACAAGACAUAACUGCCGUUCAGUUCUGGCAGGAAGAUUGCAAAGAAUGGAGGCCAAUGCGAAGGGCGUUUGGGACAGUGUUUGAUGUUGAGAACCCACCAAGGGGUGACAUAAAGUUAAGGUUCCAAGUGACUGGCAGUGCAGGGGUUUAUUGGGUAGAGUCCAAGACCUUUAUCACCAGUGAUUGGAAGGCUGGAGCAUCUUAUGAUACUCAAAUCCAGCUUGAAUAGAAAAAAUAAACAAAUAAAUAAAUGUACUUGCUCACUAGUAAUUUAUUGCCACUCUAUGAAUGUUCCUGUGAGCUCUCUCUAUGUUUUAGUGCUCUUUGUAUUUGUGACUAGACUAAGAUUAUGGGCAUUCAUCUACUUGUCGUGGAAUUUGGAUGAAUAACACUAUAAAAAGCACCUAGCUGUUCUUGAUUGUA